CACGACUUCAAGUGCAAUGAGUAUAUUUCCUGUUGUGCUGAUUUGCAAUUUCAUCGUUCUAGUCAGCAAUGCCAUUCGAUGUUACCAGUGUGACAGCAACGAAGACGAUUCAUGCCCGGCACGACGGUUUUUCGACACUCGCCUAAACGCAAUGGUGGACUGCGGAAGUUUCCUUUCCCACUCUCCCGGAACAUUCUGUGUGAAGAUCUAUCAAGAAAGUACGGGAUGGAACAGCUGGAUUAAGAUAACUCGCCGAUGCGGAGCUCGUACGGAUUAUGGUUUGGCCUGGGGUUGUCGCUAUUGGUUCGAAGCCCAAGGGGUGUACAAGGAGGUUUGCUACUGUCAGGACCAAGAUGGAUGCAACAGUUCCAGUCGACUUUCUUUUCGUACACUAAACUACACACUGGUCGCCUUGUGUCUGAUUUGGAUCCUCAAACCCCGCAUUUGCUUUUCUAUAUAAAACGUAUUUUUAAGCGCGUAAUGUGGUAACCCAGUGAUUAUGCCGACCUUGGCUGCACAGCUCAAACUCCUGAUUUGCAUCUGUAUUUUGUCCGAAGUUGUUCUCCUACCUUGUCGCAUAAUGAUGAUUAUGUAUAAUUCCACUUUAUUCGUCUGCUUUGCACUGUGAUGUAUAUGAACAAGGCACUUUUAAUGAUUUGAUUCCCUG